AUGUUGGAUCAUGUGCAUGAAGAUUUUCAAGGCGGACAUCAAGGGAUCACCCGGACUCAUGAGAAGCUACGUACCGAAUUCUACUGGCCCGGCAUGUACGCGGACGUCCAAUAUUUUGUGAAGGAAUGUGUGGACUGCGCCAGUGGAAAAGAAGCUCCCCCGAACGCUGGACCUUCGCCAGGAGAUAUCGAACCAGACAUGAUUUCAGGUUAUGUGAUGUGUAAACCCAUGUCGUCUACUACCGCUCAAGAUGUCGCUGAGCCUUAUGAGGAACAAGUGUUCCAGAGAUUCGGGGCGUCUUCCAUGAUACACCACGAUCAGGACCCGCGGAUCAUGAGUGAAUCGUUCCCAAGGUUCCGAGAACUCUUACGUAGCCGACAACGGGCUACACUCGGAUACUGUCCACAAGCGAAUGGGCAGCAGGAGAGACCUGUACAAACGGUCAUUCGGAGUGUUCGAGCAUACGUCGCCGAGAUGGAUCAGUCCGACUGGGAUGAUCACGCUGAUGUUCGCCCUGAAUGUCUCGUUCGACGCGACUAG